ACGUGUCUUAACCUGCUACUACCAGCCCAAAAGCAAAUGUAUUGUAUUUAUGGAUGAAUGAUCAAGCUAUCCUAUAUUCCUUGACUUCAAAAGAGCAAAGGUUGCAAUUUUUCUCGAUAAGCUUCCGGUGUCUGAAACACUAGCAACAUGAACACACAAGGAACUGAAAGGGUAAACGAAGAAGGUGCAAUAGAAACCACGGUGGAUACAAUUGAUUACCGAACACCAGCAGGAGCAGACGAACCCAGGAAGGAAAAUGUUGGGGUUGUUCACCUUAAACGCAACAAGGAGGAGGAUUCUGGUGUCUUGGCUAGAACAGCUGCUGCAGUGACAAAUACGAUCGAGUCUGCUAAGGAUGCCAUCGUCGGCAAGAGCAAGGACGACACCACCAAAUGAACUCUCCUGAGUAGUAGAUGAUGCGAGUAUGUUUCUUAUAUGCGUGCGUGUAUAAUAUUGUCAGCUUUAAAAACACAGAAUAAAAGUUUUGUUUCCUUGGAGA